GACAGCUGGUGACUCAAAAUGUCUUCAUAUUUCAGAUCGCCUCCCUGAGGUUUGCAGGCACUCAAUUCCAAUGAUGUUUUGAGAAGAGCAUGAGCCCCAUCGAUUCUCUCUCCCCAAUGACUGACAAUUCCUGAGAUGCAUCUCUUCUGCUUCAAUAAACACACGGACAGUAACAUCAGUGGAACCAUAUAGCAUCAUCAUUCCUUGUUCUAAUAUUGUUUCCAUGAAACUGGUUCGCAAGGAUCUCAUCCCUAAUGGUCCUGGCAGUGCCAAGAUGAUUCCCGAGGAACCUGAUGAUCUAUGGCAUGUCUACAACCUUGUCUCUCAGGGCGACAGGGUUAUGGCUGUCACUGUGAGGAAAGUCCAAAGGGAAAUGGUCUCUGGAGGAAGGGAUGUUGAACGUGUGAAACUAAAGCUGGAGAUUGAAGUUGAGGCUGUAGACUACGAUAAUGUGGGUUCGGUCUUGCGUGUACGUGGUAAGAACAUCCUCGAGAAUGAACAUGUGAAGAUCGGUGCGUUUCAUACACUUGAAAUUGAGCAACAUCGACCAUUUGUUUUGAGGAAGGAUGUUUGGGAUUCUGUGGCACUUGAUGUACUCAAACAAGCCUGUGAUCCUGCUGCAAGUGCUGACCUAGCUGUGGUUUUGAUGCAAGAAGGAUUAGCUCAUAUUUUUCUUGUUGGUAAAAGUGUGACAACAACUCGCUCCAGAAUAGAAGCUUCAAUUCCUCGUAAGCAUGGCGCUGCUAUUGCUGGUUAUGAAAAGGCUUUGAACAAGUUUUUUGAGAGUGUUUUGCAGGCUGUUCUGAAGAACAUUGACUUCAAGGUUGUCCGUUGUGCUGUAAUAGCAAGCCCGGGCUUUACAAAGGAUCAGUUCCAUAGUUUCAUGCUCCUAGAGGCAGAAAGGCGGGAGCUGAGAUCAAUAAUAGAGAAUAAAUCACGUAUACUGCUUGCACAUUCGACAUCAGGAUACAAGCACAGUUUAAAGGAAGUUCUAGACGCUCCAAAUGUCAUGGCUUUAAUAAAAGAUACAAAGGCUUCUCAGGAGGUUCAGGUGCUCAAAGACUUCUUCGACAUGCUUUCAAAUGAUCCUGCUCGGGCAUGCUAUGGACCCAAGCAUGUUGAGGUUGCCCAUGAAAGAUUGGCUGUUCAAACUCUUCUAAUAACUGAUGACUUAUUCAGAAAUUCUGAUAUUCCAACAAGGCAGAAAUAUGUUAACUUGAUUGAUUCUGUGAAGGAGACUGGGGGCACGGCUCACAUAUUCUCUACCAUGCAUAUUUCUGGCGAACAAUUGGCACAACUAUCUGGUGUAGCUGCUAUUUUACGUUUUCCAUUGCCAGACUUGGAGGACAUGGAGAUGUAGUGGAGAUUGGAGUGACAAUCAGGCCUAUGAACCAGACAAGAACCACUGGGUCAGGUUCGUGGUGAACCUGCUAUUUUACAUUUUCCAUUGCCAGACUUGGAGGACAUAGAGAUGUAAUGGAGACUGGAGUGACAAUCAAGCCUAUUAACCCGACAAUAACUACUGGGUCAGGUUUGGGUUCAUAACCCUGGAUGCAGACUUUCCUGGGUCCGGUCUGAGCUCAAGGGGAUUCAAGGUGGGUCCUAUUGUCCUAAUAUUUAUGGGGUUAUAGCAUGUGUAUAACUAUAUAUAUUCAAUAUUUGUUGAAGAUAAGUUUUACUUUUCUUUUUUGUUUUGGCAAAUAAGAUCACGUUUACUUUUCUAUUACUUAAUUAAAGUUUGGUUCGUGGAACACUA